GUCCCCUGCCCUACUACGCUACUAGUUUACACAUGCCUGGUAGAGUUUACCAUGGUGUACACGUAUGCCUGCGCGGUGCGCUACGGCCCUUCCCCCCGGUGCUGGGAGGAGCUUAUUGCCACUGUAAAGGGACCGCUGGAACGAACCCAACGUCGGAUCCACCGGCGGCCCCUUUUCCCCGGUGACAUGAGACUUUGGGAAGCGAAAACACAGAGAGACAAACACCUUGGGAUAUUGACUCACCGGCUCACCGGGGGACGUUACCAUGUAUAUUUCUGUAAAAUUGGGCUUCCUUUCGGUCUUGCAACUGCCGGGGGACGCAUCGUCCCCCCCUUUCCCCCCCAUCUCCAAGGAGCCCAGCCUAACCUGACCUUUGGGAAAAGGUUGAUUUCUCUGCCGGGACCGUCCACCGGACCGAAUCCAGCAUCUGAGUGGCACGUCGUUGUCUCGGUGAAGCCUCACCGGCGUGGAUCCCAUCUCAUUUUCCGCCCUGCAAGCAUGGAGACCCUGUUGUCGAGGUACAACACGUAUCCCGGCCAGGAACCACAACUCAUCAUCUCGAGUGUCCCCAUCUUGGGACAUCGAGGCUCCCCUUCUAGAACAUCCGCAUACGUGCCGGUUGGCCGGAACAAUCUACCUGUAUACUCCGUACACUACACUACAUACCCAAACUACAGGUUCGCAUUCACCCCUGGAGACAUCCCCACCCUGCCCUGGAGCUUCAAGAACCUGCGCUGCGGUGUUACCGACUGCCAGGCCCGAUGCCAUACCCGUGCUCGUCUCCCGUCGUCCCCGGCGAGGCUUGCUAGCAUGGACUCCUGAGACCCAGUCCCUUCGCGCAUUGUGCCCGUACUGUAGUACUUUGUAGUUUAUAUGCAGUACCGGCUCCCGAGCCCGACCCUGCCUGUUGGAAAUGUGACAGAUCACAUGUUCCAGGGGUAUUCAGAUUUCAGGGUACACAUCGCUGUUCAGAGAUUAGUCAAACCAUCCCACUGGUACGACUGCACGACGGGGAAGACGCCCGGCCGACGGGGAAGCAAAAAGGAGGAAGAUGGGGGUGAACGAGACAACAUCCAUGGAGGGGGUAGGGGGGUGGGCGACUCGCUCACUCACUCACACGAAGAGAGAUG